GCUUUUCUCGCGAGAUUAGGCUGGUUCCGCAUUUCCUCUCCGCUAGGUGGGGGAGGCGGGUGAGGUGGACGCCGCAGCUUGCACCCGCUUAUACUGGCUCGACCCCGGCUCGGAGCAGCGGCGGCCAGUGCUUCCGCUGUCGGCGGGCUGAGGCCUAUCUGCUACCUCUCCGGUUCCCGUGCGGGCUCCGAGUCCCGACUGCGACGGGGGCCAGCGGCCCCUCCCCUCCCCUCUGAGGACAGAAGAUGAGCUUCCUCUUCAGCAGCCGCUCUUCUAAAACAUUCAAACCAAAGAAGAAUAUCCCUGAAGGGUCUCAUCAAUAUGAACUCUUAAAACAUGCAGAAGCAACUCUAGGAAGUGGGAAUCUGAGACAAGCUGUUAUGUUGCCAGAGGGAGAGGAUCUCAAUGAAUGGAUUGCCGUUAAUACUGUGGAUUUCUUCAAUCAGAUCAACAUGUUAUAUGGAACUAUUACAGAAUUCUGCACUGAAGCAAGCUGUUCAGUCAUGUCUGCAGGUCCAAGAUAUGAAUAUCAUUGGGCUGAUGGUACUAAUAUUAAAAAGCCAAUCAAAUGUUCUGCACCAAAAUACAUUGACUAUUUGAUGACUUGGGUUCAGGACCAACUUGAUGAUGAAACCCUUUUUCCUUCUAAGAUUGGUGUCCCAUUUCCCAAAAACUUUAUGUCUGUGGCAAAGACCAUUCUAAAACGUCUGUUCAGGGUUUAUGCCCAUAUUUAUCACCAGCACUUUGAUUCUGUGAUGCAGCUGCAAGAGGAGGCUCACCUCAACACCUCCUUUAAGCACUUUAUUUUCUUUGUUCAGGAGUUUAAUCUGAUUGAUAGGCGUGAGCUGGCACCUCUUCAGGAAUUAAUUGAGAAGCUUGGAUCAAAAGACAGAUAAAUGCUUCUUCUAGUACACAAUUACCCUCUUGCUUCAUCUACUGCUAGAGCUAUCUCAUUGCUGUCUGUUAUAGACUAGUGAUACAAACUUUUAAGAAACAGGAUAAAAAGACCUAUUGUCCCAAAAGUAGGUUGGCCUGAUACCUUCAGAGUAAGAAAUUCAGGACACAGCCAGAUUUGAGGCACUGUGUCACCACACUUGCUGUUAAUAUGUGAUGGUUAAUCUGUAGUUUAUCAGUUUACAUAUUAUUCUUUUACUAAAGAAAAUGGUUUAGUCUGUUUCAGGUUAUAGCAUAAUGGAUAUUAAGAAUUUCUACCAAUAAUUUAUUAACAAGUUUCCACAACAAAUUUGUUAAUAUCUCAGAUAGGUUUUAUUCUGCUUAUAGAAGAGGUGUUUUUAAGUUUCCUUAAGGUUUAGAACAAUUUGUGUCACUUUGGAUAAAUAUGUUGUUUGAAGUUAUAUACUAGUGUUUUUAUAGAUAAUAUGCAUAUUUUUUCAAAAUCCAUGAUUGCCAUUUAAAUCAUAUGACAUAUGUGGGAGUAACCAAAUGACUUUACUUUUUAAUCUUAAUUUGGGAUUUUAUUCACAUACGAACCUAACUCAAUGUUUAGGAGAGUGUGCAUAUUAGAAAUAAUUGUUUUAAGGCAUCCAAAGUGGUCUUGCAGAUUUUUUUUUAAAUACUUCAUUCAGGUUAAUUUGAAUAUGUAGCUUUUGGCUGACAAAAAGCAAAUUUCCAAAAAAUUAAGACAAAUUUAGGCCUCAAACCACUAUUUUCAUUCAUGUUGUCUUUCAGACGGCUUUGAAAUUCUGGAUAGAAUGAAAAAUACUCAGAUUACUUGAUAGUUUUGAGUUUCCUUUUUAAAAAAAUGAUUUCUAUGUGUUUUGGGGUGUUUGUUUUUUUUGUGUGUGUGGCUUGAGACUUAGUGAAGAGUACUAUAGAAAUGCAUCAGCUUUAUCCCAAUAAGGAUAAAACUUAAGGAAAAAAUCUUGCAAAAAACAUCUUGAAAGGUGUACACAUUUUAUAACACAGUUAAAAGUUUGAUGUGUUUCCUAUUCUUGUGUUUGUGUGUGCGCUUAAAGGAGACAGCAUUGGAGGAAUAAGUAAAAAAAAAAAAGGUCUUUAUUCUGUUAUUAGUUAAAGGAUGGAUUGAGCUCCUUUGGGGGUUUUAUCCUGUGUUAACUAUUGUAUCAAAACCUGAAUUUAUUCUAUUUCUAUUCAGAUAAAAAGGAUCUCCCCUUUUAAUGAAGAAAAGAUCUGAUUUUCAUUAGGCUUCUAGGAUUUAGUGGACUCUGACAGUUUAAAAGUAUUGAGGCACAAAUAUAUUAAAGACUUGCCAGACAGCAGCCACUUUAAGUUCACCAGCAUUCUGUUUCAGAGUUGUGACUUUUGCAAAGUACCAACUUCUUGAUGGCUUUGGCAAAGGUUAGCUUUGAUAGGGUUGUUUUUUUUUUUCGUUACUGUUAUUAUUCCACUCGUGUAUAAGGAAGAGAAUAACUUAGAACUCUUAAAAACUCAGUUUCAAUAAAUUAUUAAAUAUAUUCAGAAUUUUAAAGGAAACAAAACAUUUCAUCUAAUUAGGCUGAAACUACCUCAUGGUUUUUUUUAGGAAUUAAAGAGUGGGAUAAUCACCUAUGAAAAAAAGAGAAAACCCUCUAUGAGACAUUCCAUGGUCCACAUUUUAAGUUUAUUCAAAGGUCCCUGUCAAGCUGUGUAUAUGUUUAUGUUGAUUCUUUACAAAUAAGAAGGCAGGUUUCUGGAUACCACUGAGAAUGUUACUGCCUCUCAACUAUUGGCUUUAAUUAAGUCUGCAAGGAAGUUGCACUUGCAUCAUCAUUUCUAAUAUUUCAAAUAUUCUCAAACAAAAGGGUUCUCAGUUUUCUCCAUCUAUUUUUCAUGAUAGAAAUCCACCCCUCUCUUCAAGACUCAGCCCAAAAUGAACCAAAGACUGUAACGUUAGAAUAGUAAAGGCAGCGUACUAGUGACACAAAUAAAAUUGUUGGUAAUUUGAGACUCAGAAUGGCCUUUUAAAAAAUAAAAACAUUACCAGGUUCCCAUACUAAUCUGGCUUAAUCAGCAAUGCAUCCAAACAUCAGUGUUAACUUUUUUUGUUUAUAUCCAAGGCCAAGGAGUUGAGGGCAGGAGAAUUGGAGGAAUGGGGAGAGGUUGGCCCCUUCUUGACUUGGCUAACGGGCCAACUUUUGCUAACAGUUGGAAGAAAUCUGUCUUUGACUCUCAUUUUUGACUUGUCUCUCUUUGCCCAGCAUAUGCCUCUUGGACAACACUCCCUACCCUGACCCCUCCUAAUCACAAGCCAUCUCUCAAUGUAUGAUCCACUCAUACCUGAUAAUCGUGGGGUGGAGCGGGAGUGCUUUAUAAUAUGCAUUUAAUCCUUUGGUGCUUUUAUUUUCAGGCCUUUAAAAUAAAAUGUGCAGAUUUUUGUUUAAAUAUUGAAA